AGUUUAACGAAAAUCACAUAAAAAUAGUAAACAAACAUUCUUUAAAACCAAAUCUCAAAUGAAAAUGAAUAUUUUUAACGCUAUCGGACCCAAUUUAUUGGGAUAUCUGGUAAUAACAGAGGAUGGUGCAGUUUUAGCAAGCAGUGGUGAAUUAGAGAACGACGAGAAAACUAGUGGAGUCUUGUAUAAAUUGAUAAAUCUAGCUCCAAGUCUCGAUCCUUCAUUAUUCUCAAAGAACUCCGUGCAACGAAUAACAAUUGCCUAUGAAGAAUUCAGCUAUGUCGUGUGCUUAUCAAAUCGAAAGUUCUAUAUUGCCAAGAAAAAAUUAUGAGCAGCAUAGCAUCUGAUUGAUAAGCCUGAUUACUAAGUUUAAGGAACUCAUCAUUGUCUUUUAUAUAAGAGAUUUACUUUGUUUUAUUGUGUAUAAUCAAAAUUAUCUGAAAACUUUAUGCUCUAUGAAUAAAAA